AGGGGGGGGGGGGGUUGUGGGUGUUGUUGUUCUGGAUGGCGCACUGUGCGACCACCAUGCAGACCAUGGCGUCGGGAAAGUGCUGGCUCGACGUCAGUCUCAGUGCCAGGGGACUGAGUGCACCAAUCCCCCCUCACGUUAUGGCUCCCAUUCUCGCUGUGAAACCAAAUGUGAAGUCUCUCUGCGUUUCCAAUUUCGUUCGCGGUAUUGGAAGCACGAUUGAUGUGGGCCGGAACUUGAGACUCAUGCCCGUGCUUUGUUCUGUGAAGGAGGAGGAAUCUUCGCAGAGCAUUGAUGACGAGCAAAAAGUGUCUGAAAGGCCCUCGACUUUGUUGCGAGAAGGAGAGAAGGUUCAGUGGGAUAACCCAAGCACUGCCAGCAUGCGAGCACGUUUUGAAUCUAUGAUUCGAAAGGCACAGGAUGACAUAUGCGCGGCAGUGGAGGCUGUAGAUGGGUCCAAGUUCAGAGAGGAUACAUGGAUUCGUCCCGGGGGUGGCGGCGGUAUCAGCCGGGUUUUGCAGGAUGGCAAUGUCUGGGAGAAGGCUGGUGUGAAUGUGUCGGUGGUGUAUGGAUCUAUGCCACCUGAGGCCUAUAGAGCUGCGAUCGGAGGUGCCUCUGCGAACGAAGAGGCCAAAAACAAGGCCGGCCGAAUUCCAUUUUUCGCUGCUGGUGUUAGCUCUGUAUGUUCUCUUCUGUUUGAAUGUUUGACCUUGUGUUCAGCUAGAUCAUGUCAAUUCACAACAUCAUUGAUGCAUCCAUACUGUUUGUUUCAACAUUGUUACUCCAGUCAUUCAUCUGAGUUCUUUGGAACAAGAUGCAUACAUGUUGAGUCUAUCAUUAAGGUUAGGAGUUAUCGAACGGCAGUGACAAGUGGUUGGGGAUUCCAGGUGAUGCACCCCAAGAACCCCAUGGCGCCCACUGUGCACUUCAAUUAUCGAUACUUUGAGACAGAUUCCCCUCAAGAUGUGGAGGGGGCUCCAAGGGCAUGGUGGUUCGGUGGUGGGACUGAUCUUACUCCUUCCUACCUUUUUGAGGAAGAUGUGAAGCAUUUUCAUCAGGUCCAAAAGCAAGCUUGUGACAAGCACGAUCCAGAAUUCUAUCCAAAAUUUAAGAAGUGGUGCGACGACUACUUUUUGAUCAAGCACCGAGGGGAAAGGCGAGGUCUUGGAGGAAUCUUCUUCGAUGAUUUGAAUGAUAGAGAUCCAGAAAAAAUCCUUACUUUCUCAACAGAGUGUGUAAAUUCUGUGAUUCCAGCUUACAUUCCCUUGGUAGAGAAACGAAAGGACAUGACAUUUACAGAGAAGCAGAAGGCAUGGCAACAACUUAGAAGAGGUCGUUAUGUAGAGUUCAACCUGGUGUACGAUCGAGGAACAACCUUUGGGUUGAAAACAGGGGGUCGUAUUGAGAGCAUUUUGAUGUCGCUACCUUUGACUGCUCGCUGGGAAUAUGACCAUACCCCCGAGGAAGGUAGUGAAGAGUGGAAGCUUUUGAAUGCCUGCAGAAGCCCAGUAGAGUGGGCGGCAUUGGAAUUAUAGAGUGGUUAGGAACGGAACUGAAAUCAUCCCACAACAUUUUGAGCGGUUGGGUGCAAAGCGUGUGCUACAACCUGGGUAUGUUAGUCGUUUGCUACUGGGUGAGUACCAGUAGUGAGUAAAAAUCCUGAAUUGGGUGCCAUCAGUGAUCUUAGAUCAGGUUUACGGAUGGUUUAUGGAGGUAGAGAUACCCAAUUGUAUUACUUGCAUAUGAUGCAUAAUGCAUAGUUGCACAGUUUUAUGCAUGAACUGUUGAAGCACACGGAGCUAGAAUGUAGAUUUGGAGGUUCAUAGCAUGUAUUUGAAUGAGACACAACUUGAAGAAGUUUCAUUUGAUUUGACA